CCCCAAAACCCCUUUUUAGGAGGAGAAUAUUGAAUAAAGGUGGGGAUGAUGGUUGAGCAGAGGUUAGGAAAGAGGAGGGUAGGGAGGAGGGAGGGUAGUGGUAGUGGUUUGGAGGUAAUGAGGUUGCUGUAGUUGGUUUAGUAAUGGGGAUGAUGGGUUUUUGGAGGAGAUAUGUGUUAUCGAAGAAAGAAUGUAAGCCACAGUGUUGUUUGAAAUACUUUUAUUAUUUUUGAAGCUUUCUGAUUGUCUUGAUAAUAUUAGAAGAUUCUACGAACAUCUAUAAUUCAAGAAGCAAUCUCCUACACAAGGAAAUCAACCCUGAAAGAUUAUUAGCCUCUAAUUUUAAUUGAUCAGUAUCUUUCUGGUCCUCUCAGCAAUUACAUUCCAUUGAAAUCUUUGAUCUUGAUUUAUUAUUGAGUUAUUCUGCUUUUAAUAUAUUCAAAGCAUGAUCUUGUUAUGCUCUUCUAUUACUCUUAUCCAUUAGAAUUCCUCUUCAUCAAUAUGUGCUGUUUCCUUAAUCUCAUUCUAACCAUUCAAGGAAACAAAAUGGAUCAAUUACCCAACUAGUUUUCUUCGAAGCAGGAGACACCAAUAGCUAAUUUGCUUAGUAAAU